AUGCUUCCUGCAAUAUUCGUUCUGUUCUUGGCUCUGUGGCGGGUGAUGGGUUUUGACUUGGGUUUAUCCACCAAGUGUGUAGCUAUCCCUAAGGAGAUGGUCAUGUGCCGUGACAUUGGCUACUCGGAAAUGAGGCUGCCCAACUUAAUGGGACACACCAGCAUGGCAGAAGUCCUCCUGAAAUCUGCUGGAUGGCAGCAUCUCAUAAGAACAGGAUGCCACCCACACACAAGGACAUUUUUGUGCUCUCUGUUUGCACCCGUCUGUUUGGACACCUUCAUCCAUCCUUGCAGGAGUAUGUGUGCUGCAGUUCGGGACAGCUGUGCUCCUGUCCUGGGAUGCCAAGGACACUCUUGGCCUAGCACUUUGCGCUGUGAUAGAUUCCCUAGAGAUGAUGACACAUGCCUUGCAUCCCUCGGCAAAGAAUAUAAACCUUUUCUCAGAGUCUUUCCUAAGUCUAUUUGCCAGAAUUGUCCAGCAGUUGAUGAGUUCCCCACACGCAAAAGGGUGCUGGACACUUUUUCUGCUAACCAUUUUGCAGUGAAGGUGAAACUAUCCAGGAAACUAUCUAUCUUCAAUGUUCAGGAGCCUAAUAUUGACUGCCAGGUAGAGUUUGUUAAGCAGGGGUUGCUCUCACCUUAUGAAGCUCACAAUGCAAUUGAACAGUGGUUCUUGGUCAAUGAAAACUGUACUCAGCAAAUGAUCCACAGUCACCAUCCCAUGGUGUAUCUCAUCAUGGGGACAACUGAGCAAAGUCAUGUUUUAGUCAAUCAAGUCUUCCGUUGGCAGAGGUGGGAUUCCCUGGAGACACGGAAGUGGAGACAUCAUAAGAGUGUAUAG